UUCAACAUUACCGCAAUGUUCUCGAUAAUCUCACAAACUUUGAGAUUGAUUUUAUCAACAAACGCAGGGAAUCACUCCAAAAAACGGAUCAAAAGAAUAACGAUAAACGUGAUGAUUUCUUGACGAUGCUUCUAACUCAAAACAAUGAUGCAGAUUCUUCAACAGAUAUCAUAAAACAGAACAUUCGCGAAAUGUUUAGUGCCGGUACUGGCACUACCACAAGUGCUCUUUGCGCUGUGGCUUACUUGCUUGCCAAGAAUCCGGAAUGCGAAGAGCGCAUGGUCGACGAGCUGUUCAGUGUUCUUGGGAAGGAUAGAAACAUCGAGCCUGCUGAUCUCCCCAAGUUGACAUAUACCGAGAUGGUAAUUAACGAGACGAUGCGAUUGUAUCCUGUGGUGCCUCUGACAUACCGAUACAGCCCAGACACAGAACUUAAAAUUGGGGAAUAUGUCUUUCCACCCAACACAAUUUUCACAAUCAAUCUUGCUCACAUGCAUCGAAAUCCUCAAUACUUCCCCAAUCCUACCGUAUUCGAUCCUGAGCGAUUUGCUGGUAAUUGGAAAGAACGAUAUCAUCAUGCAUUCUCGCCUUUCGGUCAAACUAUAAAAGCAUGUCCUGGCAAAAACUUUGCAAUGGCGGAGAUGAAGACUAUUCUGGCUCAGGUAUAUCGCAAGUAUACGUUCAAGCUAGUCAAGCCUGAUGAUCCACUUCAUUUUAAGUUCUCGUUAGUCAAUGAUAUUAGUAAGUUAGAAGCAUAUCUCGAAGAACGCAAGAUUUAA